AUGGAAGCACGGACCAGAAGGAACCCCGCGAACAUCAGGAACAUCUGCGUGUUGGCGCACGUGGACCACGGCAAAACUACCCUGGCUGAUUGCCUCAUAUCCAGCAAUGGAAUCAUCUCCAGCCGCCUGGCAGGCAAGUUACGGUACAUGGACAGCCGGGAGGACGAGCAGAUCCGGGGCAUCACCAUGAAAUCCAGCGCCAUCUCCCUGCAUUACGCACAAGGUGGCGAGGAGUACCUCAUCAACCUCAUAGACUCUCCGGGUCACGUGGACUUCUCCUCCGAAGUGUCCACGGCCGUUCGCAUUUGCGACGGGUGCAUCAUCGUGGUCGAUGCCGUGGAGGGAGUCUGCCCACAGACACAGGCAGUUCUGCGCCAGGCCUGGCUCGAAAACAUCCGGCCCGUGUUGGUGAUCAAUAAGAUCGAUCGCCUGAUCGUGGAGCUGAAGUUCACCCCGCAGGAGGCCUAUUCCCACCUCAAGAACAUCUUAGAGCAGAUUAAUGCGCUCACGGGAACUCUUUUUACUUCUAAAGUCCUAGAAGAGAGGGCGGAGAGAGAGAGCGAGUCCCCCGGGACCCCGGGGUCCGACCCGGAGCAGGUGUACGACUGGAGCGCGGGCUUGGAGGACACGGACGACUCCCACCUGUACUUCUCCCCGGACCAGGGCAACGUGGUCUUCGCCAGCGCCAUCGACGGCUGGGGCUUCGGAAUUGAGCACUUUGCCCAAAUCUACAGUCAGAAAAUUGGCAUAAAAAAGGAAGUUCUUUUGAAAACAUUGUGGGGAGACUAUUACAUAAAUAUGAAGGCCAAGAAGAUCAUGAAGGUGGAUCAGGCGAAAGGAAAGAAGCCGUUAUUCGUGCAGUUAAUCCUGGAGAAUAUAUGGAGUUUGUAUGACGCUGUCUUGAAAAAGGACAAAGAAAAGAUCGAUAAAAUCGUGACCUCCUUGGGGUUGAAGAUCGGGGCCCGGGAGGCGCGGCACUCAGACCCGAAGGUCCAGGUCAGCGCCAUCUGCAGCCAGUGGCUGCCCAUCUCCCAGGCUGUGCUUGCCAUGGUGUGUCAGAAGCUCCCCAGCCCCCUCGACAUCACACCCGAGCGGGUGGAGAAGCUGAUGUGCUCGGGCUCACAGACGUUCGACUCGCUUCCGCCGGAAACCCAGGCGCUGAAGGCAGCUUUUAUGAAAUGCGGGAGUGACGAGACCGCACCGGUCAUCAUCUUUGUGUCCAAAAUGUUUGCUGUCGAUGCUAAGGCUUUGCCUCAGAAUAGGCCCAGCAGCACCCCUGAAACGAGUCCGGAGGGAGAGGAGCCGAAAGGGGGUGAGCCGCAGGUGGGGAGUGUGACCCCUAGGCCCGCGCCGCAGGACGAAAGCAGCCAGGAGACCAACCAGGAGACGUUCGUGGCGUUUGCUCGCGUGUUCAGCGGCGUGGCCCGCAGAGGGAGGAAAAUCUUUGUCUUGGGGCCCAAGUACAGUCCCGUGGAGUUUCUGCAGCGGGUGCCAUCGGGCUUCUCGGCUCCCCUGGACGAGCUGCCCGCGGUCCCCCACAUGGCGUGCUGCACGCUGGAGCACCUGUACCUCCUGAUGGGGAGGGAGCUGCAGGACCUGGAGGAGGUGCCGCCAGGAAACGUGCUCGGAAUCGGGGGCCUUCAGGACUUCGUGCUGAAAUCCGCAACCCUGUGCAGCGUGCCCUCCUGCCCGCCCUUCAUCCCACUCGGCUUUGAGGCCACCCCGAUCGUGAGGGUGGCUAUCGAGCCAAAGCACCCAAGUGAGAUGCCCCAGCUCAUCCGAGGGAUGAAGCUGCUGAACCAGGCCGACCCCUGUGUCCAGAUCUUAAUCCAGGAGACGGGGGAGCACGUGCUGGUCACCGCGGGGGAGAUCCACCUGCAGCGCUGCCUGGACGACCUGCGGGAAAGGUUUGCAAAGAUCGAAAUCAGUGUCUCCGAACCCAUCAUCCCCUUCAGAGAAACCAUCACAAAACCCCCCCGAGUGGACAUGGUCAACGAGGAGAUCGGCCGGCAGCAGAAGGUGGCCGUCAUCCACCAGGCCAGAGACGACCACAGCAAAGUCCCCGAGGGGGUCCAGGUGGACGCCGAUGGGCUGGUCACCAUGACAACGCCCAACAAACUGGCCACGCUCAGCGUCCGGGCCGUGCCCCUUCCGGAAGAAGUCACGCGGCUUCUGGAAGAAAACAACGACGUGAUUCGUUCCAUGGAGCAGCUGACGUCGUCUCUGAACGAGGGCAGGAGCGCUCAGCUGACCCAGAAGAUGCAGGAGAGAAUCCGGGAGUUCAAGGGCAAACUGGAGCAGCACCUGACGGGCAGGAAAUGGAGGGACACCGUGGACCAGAUCUGGUCGUUCGGCCCCAGGAAAUGUGGGCCCAACAUCUUGGUGAAUAAAAGCGCCGACUUCCGGAACUCCGUGUGGGCAGGCCCCGCGGGCACCGCUGCCCAGGAGGCCAGCAGGUACCGGGACGUGGGCAACAGCAUCGUGAGCGGCUUCCAGCUGGCCACGCUCGCCGGCCCCAUGUGCGAGGAGCCCCUCAUGGGCGUCUGCUUCGUCCUGGAGAGAUGGGACCAGAGCAAGUUCGAGGAGACAGGAGCCAGCGAGAGUCGGGAUCCCGAGCACGGUGAGAAGAGGGCGGCGCCCAAGGCAGAGCCGGCCCUGGCGGACUGCUACGGGCCCCUGUCGGGGCAGCUGAUCGCCACCAUGAAGGAGGCCUGUCGCUACGCCCUGCAGGUGAAGCCGCAGCGUCUGAUGGCGGCCAUGUACACCUGCGACAUCAUGGCCACCAGCGACGUGCUCGAGAGGAAGGUUGCUGACGCUGAGGACACAGCCGUGAGCAGCACACGGCCUCGUCCCGAGGGCGUCACCCAGCGGGGCCGCCUGCUGGCAUCCGAUGAGCGUGGCCGGGUCUGGCCCCAGCUCUAUCUCACGCCUGUCGGGGCCCGUCUACAUCCUGUCACCACAUUUGCUCCAUUUAGCCCUCGACGUAGCCGUCGGCUUUCCGGGCAGCGGGAAGACAGG